AUGGAAGUUGCAGGAAAAGUGUGUGGUAAGGUAGGAGGAAAAGUUGGUGGAAAAGUUCUUGGUCUUGGUAAAGGAGGAAAAGGGAAAACAGGAUCAGGUAAAACUAAAAAAGCUCCAUUGUCCCGUGCAUCAAGAGCUGGCUUACAAUUCCCUGUUGGAAGAGUACAUAGAAUGUUAAAAUGCCGAAUAUCCUCAGAUGGAAGAGUUGGAUCGACUGCUGCUGUUUAUGCUGCAGCUAUUUUGGAGUACUUAACUGCCGAAGUUUUAGAAUUAGCAGGAAAUGCAACAAAAGAUUUGAAAGUUAAAAGAAUUACACCCAGACACUUACAACUAGCUAUCAGAGGUGAUGAAGAAUUAGAUACACUUAUAAAAGCAACAAUUGCAGGUGGUGGUGUUAUUCCUCACAUACACAAAGCUUUAAUGAAUAAAGUUCCAGUUCCACCUACAGCUACAAAAAAACCCAAAAAAAAUUGA